AAUAAAAUAAGGAAAUCUUGCUAACAAUUGGUCACUGGUAUCUUAGCGGAUAAACACACGAAAGACUGUUGUGGUGUCUGUCUUGCAUGGUAAUCAUUUGAAAAGAGACCCAAAAGUCAUAUACCAUUAACUGUUUCAAAUGCCAUCGUUAUAAUUUCUGACAAUAUUUAGUUGUAAUUGCUCCUACAAAACAUUGGAUUGAUAUACAGGAAGCCAUGCAGAAAUAUGAAAAAUUAGAGAAGAUCGGAGAAGGUACAUAUGGUACAGUUUUUAAAGCCAAAAACAGAGAAACACAUGAGAUUGUAGCACUGAAAAGAGUUCGACUUGAUGAUGAUGAUGAGGGUGUCCCAAGCUCUGCACUUCGUGAAAUUUGUCUUUUGAAGGAGCUUAAACAUAAAAAUAUUGUUCGGUUACAUGAUGUGCUUCAUAGUGACAAGAAGCUAACUUUAGUCUUUGAAUACUGUGAUCAGGACUUGAAGAAAUAUUUUGACAGCUGCAAUGGUGACUUAGACCCUGAAAUUGUAAAGUCCUUUAUGUACCAGUUGCUAAAAGGAUUAGCAUUUUGUCACAGCCGUAAUGUACUGCACAGAGAUCUAAAGCCCCAGAAUCUUCUCAUUAAUAGGAAUGGAGAGCUGAAACUAGCUGAUUUUGGCUUGGCUCGAGCAUUUGGAAUACCUGUCAGAUGUUAUUCGGCUGAGGUGGUCACAUUAUGGUACAGGCCUCCAGAUGUACUGUUUGGUGCCAAACUUUAUUCCACAUCCAUAGAUAUGUGGUCAGCUGGCUGUAUAUUUGCAGAAUUAGCAAAUGCUGGAAGACCCUUAUUUCCUGGAAAUGAUGUUGAUGAUCAACUGAAGAGAAUUUUUAGAUUAUUAGGAACACCAACUGAAGAACAGUGGCCAACCAUGACAAAACUUCCAGAUUACAAGCCCUACCCAAUGUACCCUGCUGCCACAUCUCUAGUAAAUGUUGUUCCAAAAUUAAGUGCCACUGGCCGGGAUUUGCUACAGAACCUAUUGAAGUGUAAUCCUGUUCAAAGGAUUUCAGCAGAAGAGUCCUUACAACAUCCAUACUUUUCUGACUUCUGUCCGCCAUAAAUAUCUGUUGGAUCUUACAUCAAAGUUUAGCUUCUUUAAACAUUUGUCAGCUGUUUUCUCUCUAGCUUGGGAAAUGAAUCUUGAACCAGGAGCCAGCAUUUUGUUUUCUUUCAGAUACAAAGUCUCAGUGGUGUACAUUUUUAUAUAAUUUCAAAUAUUAUCAGUUGUUAGUGUAGAGGUGGUCACAUACAUGCAAUCAUUAAGUCACACCUCUUGAAACUACAAAAGUAAUAAGUUAGAUAGGGCCAAAUAUAGUGAAUAUGUCAAUUUUACUUUAUUGACAUGAAAAAAUAAAAUGUUUGUGAAUUUAAUGGAUUAUUUUAUUUAUUAUGUGAAGUGUAAAUUUGUUAAUUUUGUUUUAAUAAUGUCUCUGUCUCUCUCAGUAUAUAUUAUUCUGUGUAUAAUAUACAUGCAUAGAUAUGCCAUGCAUUCCACUUCUCAACAUUUGUAAAACAUUAAAGCCUUAAGAAAUCA